AUGGAUGUCAUUACUUCUACCAUACCACUCUGUGCUUGAGACUCUUGGAAUCAUUAUGUCCUCCAUUUUAGAGUCUAACUGAUAAAUAUAUGAAAGACUCUUACGAAAGUAAUUUUCCCUUUCUAAACUCAAGCUUUGCAUCAAAUGUACUUCUUUUGUUAGACAUGGAAAGAGCAAUUAUCAGGGAUUUGGUCUCUCACAUCCUUCAGUUUUCAUUACCUCUAAUCAAGGCAGCAAAUUUCGCUGCAGAACUUGAUUGGUAAGUGCAUGAGUAUUAAUUUAUUUGCAUAUAACUUCAAUUUGAUUAAUUGUAAUGUCAUUUUUAUUUCUUUUUCUGAUAUUUCUUGUUCUGUCAAUGUUUAGCAUAUUGUCAUAUGCAUUGGUUGCUCGCCAGAACAAUUAUGUGAGGCCCAUUUUAACUGAAGAAAACUUGCUUGAUAUACAAAAUGGGAGGUAUGAGAUUUACACCUUUGUGAUCAUAUACACCAAAAUUUUGUUGUAUGAGGUUGGGGAGAGAAUAUACUUGCAAUUACUAGAAAGUAAUUUGAACUGUUAAUCCAGGCAUGUGUUGCAGGAGAUGACAGUUGACACUUUUGUGCCAAAUGAUACGAGGAUUUUUCAUGAUGGUAAUAGACUGAUAUUCGUACUGAAAAUGAGAUUUACAUUCAACGAUUGGUGAUUCUGUUUCUCUCAUCUUUGUGAGGACAUUAAAUAUGCCCAUUUUCUCAGGAAGGGUGAACAUCAUUUCUGGUCCGAAUUAUUCUGGAAAGAGUAUAUAUAUUAAGCAGGUUAUCUAUUCACAUUUUCCACUGUGAAGGUUUUUAUAUUCCUUACUUUUAUUUAAAACACUUUUCGCUGAACUGUUAGCAAAUAACUGAUUCUGAAAAAGAGAAUCUACAUCAGUCAGGUUAUCUAUUGAUAUUUUCCAUUGUGAAGAUUUUGAUAUUACUGAUUUCAACGAACUGCGAGCAAAUAAAUUAUUGGUUCGUCCAUUAAAUUUUAUAUUCUUUUGGUAAAAAUGUUCCUAAGUAAUGGGUUGCAUAGAAAGUUAUGGGUUGCUCAAAAAUUACAGCAGUCUAAAGUGUUCCGUUUCUAAUUUUUUGAAUAUAUGCAUUUCAGGGGAAAUAUUCUUUUUCUUUGACUGACCACUAUUGCAUAAAGCAGAGUUUCUCUAUUGAUAUCAAUUUAGUCUUUCUUAAAAUGUUAUUAAUUUUCUACAGAAAUAUGCAUUUUUAUGGAUCCUAUCGAAAUGAACUUGUUAAUUCCGUGACUUCCUCUUGUUCAACCAGUCAUACAAGAAGUUUCUGCAGAAUCCGUUCUAGACAAACAUCCAUAGGCAGGCUCCAUUGUGACUCUUCCCUUUUAUGCGUAGAUGUAGUGUACACUUCAAAAGUUUUGUGAUAUAGCUUCUUUUUGCUAG